UAGGCUGCAAUGAGGAGUUGAUAGCGUUUUUUAGGCCACUUAAUUUUCUUCACAGUAACUUAACUAGAUGCUCAGAAAAAUCUCUCACAGUGGUGUGUGUGUGAGAUUUUACCUUGACCGAAGUCUUUGCUCAGCCCGCUGACCACAGAAACUUGUAAAUAUGUCUCAGGAGGGAUACCAGUCACCAGCAGUGAAAACCACCGCCGACGUCAGCUUGAACACACUUGAAACACAGAGGAGCAAUCCUGGGAAAACACCUAUACAAAUCUUGCAUGAAUAUGGCACCAAAACUGGGAACCUUCCCGUGUAUGUGAUGGAGAAGGCUGAAGGAGAAGCUCACCAGCCCAGCUUCGUCUUCAGUGUCAAAAUCGGAGACGUGGGCUGCACAGGUCAAGGUCCCAGUAAAAAGGCUGCUAAACACCUUGCUGCAGAGGCUGCCCUGAAUAUGCUGCAAAUAGAUGCUGGAACAGUGAAUGUUCCUGUGAAGUCUGAGAGUAAUGGUGUUGCAGCAGAAACAAACAACCAUCCCAACUCAGUGGGGAUACUGCAGGAGCUAGCAUUGCAGAGAGGAUGGCGUCUUCCUGAAUACACAGUUGUAACGGAGGCUGGUCCGCCACACAAGAGAGAAUUCACAGUUACUUGUCGAAUGGAGUCCCUGUCAGAGAAGGCUAUAGGAAACUCAAAAAAGGCAGCAAAAAAGGCAGCUGCAGAGAAAAUGGUGGCAAAACUUCAAAGUCUGUCAGGCUGUUCUGAAAUCACAUGGACGCCUAAACCAAGUGUCCGAUUUGAGAACUUAAGGAACUCAUCAGCAGAGAAGAUGUCUUUACUAAGAAGAAAUCCCCUGAGCAUUCCCAACACAGAUUACAUUCAGAUGAUGUUGGAAUUGUCCAAGGAGCAAGGCUUUGAGGUCACAUACUUCGAUAUUGAUGAACUGACGGUGAACGGCCAGUACCAGUGUUUGGCAGAGCUGUCCACCUCCCCGGUCACCGUGUGUCACGGCACAGGCAUUUCCUGUAGCAACGCGCACAACGACGCAGCACACAGCGCUCUCCAGUACAUCAAGAUCAUGGCCUCCAUCAAGUAAACACUACAACAGUCAACAGUCGCUUCACCCACAUUGCCACAUAUAUCAGCUGAUGUCUAGUCAUGAUGAGGCUGUAGAUUGUUCUUCCCUCUUAGUCUUCCUGCCCACGGAUGAUAUGAGGUCAAGGUAUAUUUUUUUAAUUAUGUAAACGUAUAACAAAAGCAGAUCAUGCUCCACAGUAUUUAAAGGUACAUCAACAUGAAUCAUACAACUGUAGAACAAUAUCAGUGAGGAAAUAGUCAAAUCAAAAAUUUUGCCAUCAGGCUGUUAGGAUGUCAUUAUGUGUUAGAUAAGAUGACAAAUAUAUUUAAGGAACUUCAUGUGUAAAUGAAGUAGGAACACAACAGUGAAUAUUAUGAAGCACUUCCUCAUGAAUUUUUUUAUAUUAAUAGUUUGAACUGUUUCGCUUUAUUUAUUUUUUUCAGUGUUGAAAAUUCUUUGCCUUUUUUCAGUCAGUAUGCAGAUGUUCUUAGGUUUCAGUUGACUUAAUUAAAUUUUUUAUUCCACAUAGUUUUCCUCUGCAGCGAUGCGUUGAGCUUUAAUUUUCUCCAGAGAUUCCUGCCUUUCUGUUAAACUUCAAUACAAUAGUCGCCUGAAAAUGGAAGUGAAUAGAAGAGGAGAGAUUAUUUUAGCUUUUAAAUUUAAAAGAAUGAUCUGCACUUUGAUCACAACAAAAUUGAAUUUAUUUAUUUUUUGUAUUUUCCACUUUUCCAUCUGUCAGUAUGCAGUCUACAAUACAACCCCCGCUGUUAUCUGGUCAACUCUCAAAAUAGAUGACGUGUGACUUUUUAUGCCCUUUCCACUGGUCUGUUUUUUUUUGUUUGUUUUUUUUUUGCAGUGUGCCUCAUAGUACAUAAUAGUAAAACCUAUGAUAUAUUUAAUAAAUUUACUGACUGGUGUCCUCUGCUGUAUGAACUGAACCCUGGUGGAGAAUAAUAGCAGGAACAAUAUGUGUAAAAAUUCAGAAAAUAAACCCAAAACACUUAAUGUUAACAAGUGUUGGUUUCUGUGAAUGGUCAAUAGACAGUAUUGAGAGAGCAGAUUGUUGUGAUGCCUUCAGGAGCUGUUGCAAUGUUAUUGAAUGAAAUGUCUCUCGUGGGAGCCGACCACUUGACAGCCAUCAAUUCAUGAGGCAGCACGUUCUGCUGUAUUAGUACAAAGGCAAUUAGAUCAGGGCCUGUGCACUGGUUCAUUCACUCUUGAUCUGUGCGGUUUGAUAAGUAAGACACAAGAAAAAGCUCAAGCCGAUCACACAAAAGAAUGGUAAAAAUAUAUUUAAAAAAUAGUUGGUUUAGUGGCUUGAUCUGAAGUUU